CUGGGUCAGAUCUGGACUAGGCUCUCAGAUCUACUUUGUCGUUGGAUGAUUUAAUUCCUGACAAAAUGUUCAUCAGAUAUCUUGGAUUUGUUCUCCUGAUUUGGUUUCCUGGAGGGCUCCAUGCACAAGAUGCAACACAGUCCUGUGUUGCUCCAAGUCUGGAUGGCGGUUUCUUUUCCCCAAAGCAAGAUACUUAUUACCAUGGGACGAAGCUGACCUACACCUGUGAAAACGGACAUAAACCUACAGUGAAGGGUUGGUGGGCAAGCAGCACAUGUCAAAAUGGCAAAUGGUCUCAUGAACCACGAUGCAUAGACGAAAAAGCCUGCUUUGCUCCAACUAUCCCCAACGCAAAUUACACUAAAAACCAAGAUGGUUGGUAUGAGGAAGGAUACAAAAUAAGGAUAACGUGUGACACAGGAUAUGAACCCAAGAACAAUGAUGCUACAGCCGUAUGUACAAAUGGAACAUGGUCCUCUGUGCUAGUCUGUGAGAAAAGUACCCUUGCAUGUGGUGAGCCCCCUCAAAUUCCCCAUGCUCUCAUCAUUCAUCAGGGUUAUCAGGAGGUGUUUGCUGUAGAUUCAGAAGUACAGUAUAAAUGUAAAGAUGGAUAUACUAUGGGAGAAGCAAAGAACAAAAAAUCCAUCAUUUGCAUUUCUGGAAACUGGACUCCAGGCCCAACGUGCAGACCUUCCACCAACUCUGGAUUGAAUGACAGAAAACCACCAUUCGCUACAAGACCUUCCACCAACUCUGGAUUGAAUGACAGAAAACCACCAUUCGCUACAAGACCUUCCACCAACUCCGGAUUGAAUGACAGUAAACCAUCAUUCACUACAAUUGACCAAUGUGGAAGCCCCCCCAACGUUCUUGAUGGUCUUGUCGUGGAAGAAUCUCUGAGGUCUUUGACGUACAAGUGCAAUAGCUAUUAUAAACUAAUUGGUCCAGAUACAGUGGUAUGUUACAGUGAUGGCACAUGGUCAGAAGUACCCACAUGUGCAGAUCGGUUCUGCUCUGUGAACACUGACAAAGAUCCUAAAUUAAUUCCCAAUGGAGUUACAUAUAUCAAAUAUGGUGAUACUGUGGAAUUGGAAUGCAAGGACGAGCAUAUGUUUAAAAAUUUUUCUGUGGCCCGAUGCACUGAUGGAAGACUUACUGUUUCCAGAUGUUGUAACAGGCUUCAAAUAAGAACGAAUACGUGCUAAGGCUGUAUCACCAAGAGGAAGAUGCUGCCUUCGGAUUUGCUCCCCAUCGACUGAAAACAAAUGUCAGCUUGGAAUGUUCUGGAAGAAGUUAUGAUUAUACUGUCACACACAAAUCAUUUCUGGUUUUUCAUAUUGAUUCAUUAAUGGCUGUAUGAUGUAGGAGCCAAUUGUUUGUCUGUAUACUCAUAGCUGAAAAAAUAACUCAAAAUAAACACAGUGUGUAUAUCUGCA